UCCCCCCGCCUGACAGCCCCGCGUUUUGUGCCGGCCCGAACACUAUUGACUUCGCGACACCGAAAAAACAUAUUAACGGCUUCUAAUCCCUUUGCAACUUUGAUUGAAAGAUAGAAUCUGUCUUCCAAAUCAAAUCGUGCCAAUAUGUCUGAACGUUUCACCCCCAAGGUUCCUGUUCAGCUCGAUCCCCCCAAGGAUGAUCCGAUUACUGUGGAGGAAUUAUCAAAGUGCGACGGUACCGAUCCCAACCGCCCGACUUGGGUAGCCAUCAAGGGUAUCGUUUUCGAUGUAUCCAAAAACUCGGCUUAUGGCCCGGAAGGUUCAUAUCGCGUCUUUGCCGGAAAAGAUCCUUCCCGAGCUCUGGCCUGUUCCUCUCUGAAGCCAGAGGACUGUAGACCUGAUUGGUACGAUCUCGAAGAUAAGGAAAAGACGGUUUUAGAUGAAUGGUUCACGUUCUUCAGCAAGAGAUAUAAUAUUGUUGGAAAGGUGAAAGAUGCUACAAACUACUGAUGUCAAAGGCAAGCGAGGAAGUCGCAAGCGGGCAGUGCGGAAUCAGUUAUCAUUACACCUUGACAUAGAUGCUUUCCGCUUCUUUCAA